AUGUCAACCGAUGCCGCCUCGCCUCCAGUGCGCUCGGCAAAGCGCCCGGAGUCCGGCCGGCAUGUGGCCGUAGAGAUCCCGAUGCCAGCUGCAAGGCGGCCAGAUUCCUCCCGAAGAGGAAAGCGUGGGUCUCCAAGCAGACAACGGAAGGACCCGGUCAACAUUGUCCACGGAAGCAAUGAGCCAGCACCGAUUGCAGGUUCUGUCUUGUCUGGUCCCGGGCAGUUCCGGAAUUAUGGUGCUGAUGCGCGCUACACGGAGAGUGACCCGCUCCGCCAGUCAGACCCAAAGCAUGUGAGCUCAGUGCCCUACGCCCUCGGGCCGGCGUCCAAUACUUCCAGUUUCCGAACGCUGGAUAUUGCAAAAGCAAAUGAACAGCGACAUAACUGGACCAAGAUUGACACUUUCCUGACGCCAGCUGGCCACUCAGACUAUGAUUCCUUUGGGCGUUCUCCUCGCAGAACCAGCCCCUCCCGGCACGAGGCCAGUGCAAGAAGCAUUGCCGCUGAGGAGAUGUGGACAGACCUUUCUGCCAAGCUGGAUCAGCUGCGGGUCCAUAUCAAUCAGGACACGCAGAACUUGCUGGAACCACUGCAGAAGGAGCUGGACUCUGAGAUAUCCAAGACCAAGGAGAUGGUCCAGACAGUCCGAAGUGACAACCUCAAGGCGUUUGAGGAGAUAAGGCGGCUCCGGUCCAUGGAGCAGCACAAGCACAUGCUCCAAGCGUAUCCAGCUCCCGUGGAGAAGGAUGUCCUGGAAGCAGAAUUCAAGCGCACGAACGACUCAAUUCAGGCGCUAUCUGAUGCUGUCUCGCAGAUAAGCGAGGAGAUCUCAAGCAUCAAGGCUGGUGAGUCUUUGAAUCGACUGCCGAGCCGAACGCCGAGCGGUCGGAGAAUGCAGUUCAACUCGGAGAAGACUCUAAAUCGGUCGGACCUUGAAGAUAUGUUUCAGUCGUUCCGCGACAUCAUCUCGGACAUCGACUUCUCCAGUCUCUUAGAGGGAAUCCAGGAGAUCAUCCCAGCAGAUGCCUUCAAACAAGCAAUCGCCCGCCUCGAGGCACAGAUCUCCGAAAUGGGCAAUGACAUGCGCAAGAUCCAGGGAGAAGUCCAAGACCGGAGGGCAGAGGUGGACUUCACCCCUGUGCUGGAAGCCAUCGCUAGCAACGAUGUGCACGCGCCUACCGAGAGGAUGCUGAUCUGCCUCGAGGAUCUGAAGGGGCAGAUCGCGAAGGAACUGGAGACAUUGCCUCCUGCGGUGUGGGCUCAGCAGCCGGAGAUCGACUUCAGCCCAGUUCUGGAGUGCAUCCGCGAGAAUCGAGUCACUGUGGAUUUAUCCCCUGUGCUCCAAGCUGUGAGUGAAUUGACUCUACAAGAGGACAUGUCCCAGCAGUUUGCAGCGAUCCUGGAAGAGAUAGAUCGCAAGCAAGGGCAGAUCGAUUUCUCCGAAGUGCUGCAGGCGUUGCAGACGACGAAGAUGAGGGUGGAUUUCACCACUGUCCUGUCAAGCAUAGAAGAUGCGGCAGAGACGACUUGCCAAACGAUCAAAGAAGGACUGCAGACGUCCUUGCAACAAUUCGCGGAGUCCGAUACCAGAAUUCUGGAACUGCUGCAGGACCAAAGCCAGGACGUCUUGCAGACUGGCCUCACUGUCCUGAAAGACCAGACUGCUCGCCUUUCGCAGCAGCUCUCCAUUCUGACGCAGACUGUAACGGAGGAGAAGGAAGCCAAGGUUGACUUCUCGCCAGUGUUUGAAGCGAUUGCGGAAAACAAGGUCCACGUCGACUUCACAGAUGUCAUUGCAGCCAUCAAGAAGCACAACGAUCGCACUGAGCUUACUGAGGAUAUAAAAUCUCUCAUCAAGAACGUACAGGAAAUGAAAGUGCAGGUCGACUUCACGCCCGUGCUUCGAGGCCUUCGUGACACAAAGGUAGACAUUGUUUUCGAAGUGCUGAACGCGAUCCGGGACCAACGGACGGAUGUUGGAGAGCUCAAAGACUACUUGGUCAAUCACUCCGGUGAGGUUGCUGCCACCUUCCAGAAUCUGCAAGACGCUUUACACUCUGAGUCCAAAGAGGCUCUUGCGUCUACGGUGCUGGAGGGCAUGCAGUCCAUAGACAUCAAAAUCAAUCUUUCAGAGAUCCUUGAGGGCCAAGCGGCGCAGAAACUCCAUCUAGAGGGGAGCUUGGCGGACCUGCAGGCACGGCUAGAUGCAGAUAUCAAGCUCAGCCUGGAUGAAGUUCGUGACUUCCUGCGGUCUCUACAGCAAAAUCAGCUUCAGCAUGCAGCGGACUUCGAGAACAUGGCAUCAGCGAUCAAGUCCUUGCAGGAAAAGCCGCAGCCAGAUUUCUCCAUCAUACUGCGUGCGGUUCAGGAGAAGCAGUUCACCUUUGACGACACUGCGCUACGACAUGCGCUGGAAGACCAGGCCAUCGGACAGGAGCAGAUGCACGAGGAGCUGAAGGAAACAGUCUCCAGCUGGCAUAGGCACGCCGAGGCCUUGAAGAUGGUCAUCCGCGAGAGAGUGGAUACUGUGCUGAAGGCCGUGUCGGCCGGCGCGGAGGCUUCGGACAUGGCUUCGUUGCGCAGCGGAGUCUCGCAGGUGCUGGAUGCCUUGAAGCACCACAUAACCAAAGAGGACUUGGAAGAGCAGCACUCAGCCCUUCUACGCUCCAUCGAGGCGCUUCAGAUCCAUCAGAUGGAGUCGCAGAGCUCACGCAUGCUCACGACAGACCUGGAAAGGAGGAUGUCAGACACAAUGGAGGCACUCCAGGAGCAGAAGGACACGGACCGCACCGCAGUCCAUACCGUCAUCAAGGAGCAGAUGCACAAGCUGAAGCAUGACUUCUUGUCGAAGUUCCAGGUCAUGUGGGAUUCGCAGGAGAAGGACCGUACCUCUUCAGCGAAGCUCCUGGAAGAACAGAUGCAGCUCCUCAAGGUGGAUCUCACCGGAGAGGUUUCUGCGCAUCUCCGCGACGUCCAGAAGCUGCACAAUGACUUCAUCCCACAGCUCCAAGAUUCCCAAGCCAACUUCCUUGCACGCUUGAAGGAUGUCCAAGUGCAGGCCGAUCACUCGGAGGUGCUCCAAGCCAUCAAGGACCAGAAGCUGGAAAGCUGUUUCACGCAAGUGCUCAAUGCCAUACAGCGUCAGCCAGGUGUGGACUUGACCCCGGUUCUCAACAGCCUCCGCGAGACCCAGGAAAUCACCCAGGGCCUCGGCUACUCACUUCGUUCUUGGCGUGCCGAGCUGGCUGCGAGUCCAGGUGGCGAGUCGAACGACCACAACAGCGAGCACAGGCCGCAGGCGAUGUCUUGGGAGUCCCAUGAGGUUGUCUCUGACAUGCUAUCUGACAAACUUGGCCACCAAACUGGUGCAAUCCAGCAGCUGCUGCAAGAUUUUCUGCAGCGCUUGGACUUCUCUGCUGUGAUUCUCGCAAUCAGGGAGCAGCUGUCAGAAACCAAGGUUGCGAUGUCGGAGCAAGGUGGCCAGGUGACAAGUAAGCUUAAGUCUAUGCAGCAGCAGCUGCAGCAACUGGAGCUGGGAUUGGCGUCCAGAGGGCAAAGGUCGGCUGUAGAAGAUACGGACAUCACGCAGAUCUUGGCAGCUGUGAGGGAAGGAGGUCGCACAGCAGGACCUCCAAUCCUGGACCUCACCGAAGUGCUGGAUGCCGUCAAGGCCAUUCCCGGUCAAGUGGACCUAUCUUAUGAGUUUUCUGCUGUACUCACUGCAAUCCAAGACAAGCAGUCUGAUGUUGACCUUCCAACCAUGCGCUCGCUUGUCAACGACAGCAAGCAGGACAUCUUGCUGCAGUUGGAAGACAUGAGGAGCCUCAUCCGGGCUCAGGCGCCGUUGGAUGUGUCCCGGUCUCCCUCUAGAAGGCUAACGGCCAAUCCAGCCAAUGAACUGCGCAAGGUUGGGCAGCCAGAGGGCGACCUGUCAGCGAUCCUGACGGCCAUAAAAGAUCAGAAGGUGUCCAUCGACUUCAGUGUGGCCCAGGUCCUCAACAACAUUCAGCAGAAGCAGCAAGAAGCAGUUGAUCGGAUUGAUAAGACAGAGAAGCAGCUGGACGAUCUCAAAGAAGCUCUGCAGAAGCUCAAUGGUCAGGAGCUGCGGCCACGCAGCGCAGCUCCCAACGCUUCGCCGUGUUCGCCACGAUGCGGGCGCUUCCAUGCACAGCAGUGGCUUCAGCUUCCCGGUACAGGCGGACGAGUUUUGGGCCACAUCAACGUCUUGUGA